AUGCGGAACAAUAAAUAAUUUUAGUAGUACAACUCACCUCUUUACAGCUACCUAAUCCUUGCUUUACUUCGAGAUCAACCUUGCAGCUGACGAUGGCGACGUGGGAUCGUUUCCGACACAUGGAUUUGAUCGAAAAGGUCGAGGAGAUUCAGUCUCAGCUUUCCCUCUUCGCAACACGUAGUAACAAUAGCCCGAAGUACAGAGCAGACUUAGUCGAGCUCCAGCGACGUGGUCACGAGUAUCGCCAAAUCCUGGCCCUUCCUGUGACUCCAGCAAAAUGUGAACAAAAGAUUGAUGACGGAGAAGUAUGGAGAUGGAUUCGUGAAACCAGAGAUCUCCUGAUGCGAUGUGAGAAUUGUUACUUUUACACGAUGUUUCACCUGCAGGACGCGGAUUCGGUUUUCAGGAUACACCACAUCCCUAAGGGUUUCGCAACGCUCGAUCAAGGCAAGUCAAUUGGAAUUAUGUCUUGACGUUCGCUGACCUAUCACCUGUAUAGCACAACAACGGGAGCUGUACGACGCGUGGAUCCGUUUCGAUAAACAUCCACAGAAUAUACGCAAUCGGAGCAAAAUUGAGUUUGAGUCC